AUGGAAUUAAUCUCCCAAGAAUUCAUCAGACCUGUUUCUCCCACUCCCAAUCACCUAAAAUCCUAUGAUUAUUCCCUUCACGAUCAGUUUUCUCCUACAAAUUACAUCCCUAUACUUCUAUAUUACCCUCCUCCACAACUUGGCGAGGAUAACCAAAACCCAAAUGCUAUCAAUUCAACAAGAUUAAAGCAGUUGAAGAAAUCCUUGUCUCAAGUUCUUGCUCAUUAUUACCCUUUGGCAGGAAGACUUGGAAAAAACAAUACUUCAGUGGAUUGCAACGAUGAAGGUGUGCCAUUUAUCGAGGCAUUUGUGCACAAUCAACGCUUGGAAGACAUUCUCAUGAGAAUGGUUAUCGGAAUUUCAGCUACCCACAAAAUAUUUGAUGCUUCUUCUGUAUUGACAUUCCUAACUGACUGGUCUGCUUUGGCACGCCAAGACAAUCCCAACUUUGUGCUCACACAACUUGUUCCCAUUGCAACGCUCGUACCAUCAUCUACUGAAGUACCACCCGUACCAGAUGGUGAAGCCGUUAUAUCUCGGGAGCCAUGUCGUACCAACAUUUAUGUUUUUAACUCUUCUAGUAUUGCAAAUCUCAAGAUUAAGGGGUCAAGUGAGAACAUACCAAUACCUUCGCGUGUAGAAGUAGUGACAAGUAUUUUGUGGAAGUGCCUAACAGCAAACUCCAAAAAGCCAUCUUUUCUAACUCAUGUAGUAAAUUUGAGGAAACGAGUUGACCCUCCAUUGCAUGCUCACCAUAUUGGAAACUUCGUAUGGUUACUUUUAGCAUCUAAGCAUGAGAGUGAGGAAGAUAUAGCUAGCAUGGUGGUUUCAAUACGAAAAGGGUUAUUCGAGUUGGAUAAUAACUAUGUGAAGAGAUUGAAGGGGGAUAAGGCCGUGGAAACUAUUAGGGACGGUAUAAGCUUGCUGAUCAGUGGCAUAAAGGAUGUGGAUUUCAAUCAAUUUACUAGCUGGUGUGGUUACACAUUUUAUGAUGUAGAUUUUGGGUGGGGGAAGCCAAUUUUGUUUUGUACAAUUGAGCCAAAAUUGAAGAAUACGACAAUAUUAUUAGAUACCAAGGAUGGUGGAGUGGAAGCUUGGGUUACUUUGGGCGAAGAAGACAUGAAAAUGUUUGAGAAAAAUAAAGAGUUGUUAAAUUAUGCAACUCUCAAGGCCAGUCACCCUACCUAGACUAGACACACAAAGAAAGAAUGAUACAGAAAUUGCUAAUGCGCUGCUACAAUUCAGUUAUUGCAUUUGAGUUGGACUCUUCCAAUAAGAUUCAAUAGAUAUCUGUAGGAAUACUUCUUUUACUUUGUAGCACUUAAAAAUUUUCUACCAACCUUCCAAUUGCACAAAGCGGAGUCUGGCUAGUACAUCAAAGUGGUUUAAGUCAGGAAAGAGUAGUACGCGCACUGUGUUGAUGACAAUUGACGUGCUUUGGGAUUUAUGUGAAAUACAAAGGUUCGGUAUAUGUUAACUCAUG